AUGACAGACGCCGUCCCCCAGUUCUCAUUCAAAAAGCGCGCCAACAAGGCGAAGGCCAACUUUCGUAAAAAGCCCGAUACGCCGCCACCAGCGUCCGACUCCGACUCCGAUUUCACCUCCUCCGAUGACGAAGAAGGCCGCCGCAUCAAAAGACGUCGCAAGAAUGCCGCGGUUACUGCUUCAUCGGCUGCGGCUGGACCCCGCCGGAAUGUGCAGGAAGACCAACCGACAGAGACUGGUCCUGCACCCUUGACAACCUCCAACGACGCGACCAAGCACUCCAACUGGUACGACGACGAAUUAAGUGAAAAGAACCUCUUGGGCACAACGAGGGCUCGACCGGCAGAGGGUGCGCCAUCGGCGCCCGACGGCACCUACAAAGGCGCGGCGAACUACUCGUCGUUCAUCCAGAAGAACCCCAAUGCACCCACGAAGCAGUUCGGGCCCAUCAAGGCGCCGACCAACGUUCGCACAGUGACCGUCAUGGAUUUUGCACCUGAUGUUUGUAAGGAUUGGAAGCAAACUGGUUUCUGCGGUUUUGGAGAUUCCUGCAAGUUCCUGCACGCGCGAGAAGACUACAAACAGGGCUGGGAGCUGGACCGGGAAUGGGAGAUCGGUACUAAGGGGAAACAGCUGAGCGGUCGGGUGGUAUCGAAACGAAGCGGUGACACCAAGACUGCGGAGGACGAUGAAGAUGACGAUGACGACGAGCUUUUGGAGAGCAUCCCAUUCGCCUGCAUCAUUUGCAAAGAGUCUUACAAGAACCCGAUCAUUACAAAAUGUGGCCAUUACUUCUGCGAGUCGUGCGCUCUGCAACGGUACCGGAAGAACCCCUCUUGUGCUGCCUGUGGGGCAGGGACGGGCGGUGUCUUCAAUGUCGCGAAGAAGCUCAAUCAUUUGCUGGACAAGAAGCGAGAGCGCGCACGAAGGCUACGGGAGCAGGCGAUCGCAGAUGGUGAAGAAGUCAGUAGUGAUGAGGAGGGAGAUGGUGGAGAAUCAGAGUGA